CCUACUUUAUACCUCCUCUCUCUGUAAAGGUUAUUUGAGAGGGAGGGGGCUGAAUUACUUUUUCUUAACCCAUGAAUUCCACCUGGUCUUUUCCUCUGCUGACAAACAGAAUCAUUCAGAAGGUUGUCUUAGACCAGAGCCGACAUGGAGAGAUAUACUGCAGCUUUUCUGCUUUUUCUGCCUCUUCUGAGAGUCAACUGUGUCUCCCAUCAAAAAACUACAGUCUCCUGGUGUGUGCUAUCGGAUGCCGAGGAACAGAAGUGCCUGGAUUUAGCCGGUAAUGCCACGGCCAAGAACGUGAGGGGGUCCCUGUUGUGCGUCCGUGGCCAGAACACCAGAGACUGCAUGGAAAAAAUCAAGAACGGCACAGCGGAUGCAGCUUCAAUGUUUGCAGAUGAUAUCUACGCUGCUGGUCUUUGCUAUGGUCUAGAGCUCGCAGCAGGGGAGUCUCACAAUGGAGUCGAUGGAAUCAGCUACUAUGUGGUGGCAAUGGCCCGGCGCUCCUCUUCAGACCUCUCUUUGCUGGAGAUGCAUGAACGCAGCUCCUGUCACCCCGGCAUCCGUACCACAGUGGGCUGGACUGUUCCCAUCGGCUACUUGGUUAACACAUCCCAAAUCAGUGUAGGAGAGCAGUGCAAUUUCCCCAAAGCUGUGGGGAACUUCUUUGGCUACAGCUGUGUGCCCGGCAUUAAGGACCCGCUGCAUGAUCCCAGAGGAAACAACCCCAAGAACCUUUGUGAGGCUUGCAUAGGAGACGAGAACGACAGACACAUCUGUGUCAACAACCAUAGAGAAAGACAUUACGGAGAGGCAGGGGCCCUGAGGUGUGUUGCUGAGAACCUCGGCGAUGUUGCGUUUGUCAAACAUACAACUGUCUUUGAUAAUUUGGAUGGUAAGAACCAGGAAUCCUGGGCCUUGGAUUUAGAGCUGGAGGAUCUCAAGCUGCUGUGUCCAGACGGGACAGAGGCAGGUCUGCAUGAGUUUCUGCGAUGCCACCUGUCAGCUGUCCCUGCCAACGGGGUGGUGGUGCGCAUGGAGGAUAAGUGCCGUGUCUGGAAAUUCCUGGAGCGUUUACAGAAUGUGUUUGGCAAUGCCACAGAGGGCUUCAGCCUGUUUAGCUCGGCGGGCUACGGCCAAUCCGAUCUGCUGUUCAGCGAUGCCACCCACCACCUGCAGAGAGUUCUGGGUAGUUACACCUCUUGGCUGGGCCCCAGUUACACCACCAUUCUGCAGGCCUUCGAGUGUGAGGGUUUCUGCUGAUGGAAGAGGGGGAAGAUACCCAGUCCACCCCAUCCUGCUGUCUGCAUGCUAGUGUUCUGCCUUUCCGCCCUGCCAUCUGUGUCCCUCUGCUUCACCAUCAUUUUCAUUUUUUCCUGUUUUGCUUUACGUUGUAAAUUUUUGUUCUU